AUGAAGGCUCUUGUUGUUUUGUCCUCGUUUCUGGCACCGGCCGCGGCCGUGGCUGUCGACUCGACAGUCUCCUAUGAUGGACACAAGGUCUUCCGUGUGCCCGUUGCGGACGACGGCUCCCUCAUCCAGGGUGUCAUUGACAGGCUUCAACUGAUUCCCUGGCAGCCGCCUACGCGAAAGGGCGCCUUUGCCGAUAUCCAAGUCGCGCCGAGUCAGCUCGAGGAGUUUCAGAAGGCCAUGCAAGGCCAGGAUCUCAUUACAAUGCAUGAUGAUCUCGGGAAGUCCAUCACACAAGAAGGAACAUUUAUGACCUACGCUGCUGGAUCCGCCAACGAUACGUGGUUCGAUUCGUAUCACAGCUACGACGACCAUGUGCAGUGGCUGAACGACCUCGGCGCCAAGUACUCCAAAAACGCCAAGGUUGUAACCUCUGGAAACACGCUGGAGGGAAACCCAAUUACUGGCUUGCACAUCUUUGGAAGCUCAGGUGGCGGGAAGAAGCCUGCCGUCGUCUUCCACGGGACGGUGCACGCUCGAGAGUGGAUUGCUUCCAUGGUUGUCGAGUACAUGACCAACGAGCUCAUCACCAAGUACGGCUCUGACAAUGCCACCACCGCAUUCGUGGACAAGUACGACUUUUACAUGUUCCCCAUUGUGAACGUCGACGGUUUCAAGUACACCCAAACAGCCAACCGCAUGUGGCGCAAGAAUCGCCAGAGGACAACGGGAAGCAAUUGCCUCGGGCACGACAUCAACCGCAACUGGCCGUACAAGUGGGAGGGCCCAGGCGCUUCUACUAACCCUUGCGCCGAGGACUUCAAGGGCACGAGCGAGGGAGACGCGCCCGAGACCAAGGCUCUCUCUCAGUUCCUCCAAGGUGUCAAGGACGCGCAAGGGCUGAAGCUGUACAUUGAUUGGCACGCCUACUCGCAGCUCUUCAUGACACCAUACGGCUACUCUUGUGACGCCAAGGCACCUAAUGACGCCGAGCUACAAUCACUAGCCAAGGGAGCCGUCGACGCCAUCUACUCUGUGCACAAUGUCAAGUUCAACUAUGGUCCGAUUUGCACAACUAUUUACCAGGCCAGUGGCAGCAGUGUCGAUUUCGUAGCCGACGUUGUGAAAGGCGAUUACAUAUUCACUGCCGAGUUGCGAGACACGGGCGAGCAUGGAUUCGUUUUGCCGCCGGAACAAAUUAUCCCUAGCGGUGAGGAGGCGUUUGCCGGAGUCAAGUAUCUUCUCCAGAAUAUGAAGUAA